CAUGAAACUAGUAAUUUUGAAUCUAGUUAUCUUAGUACUUCUGUAUCGAAGUGAGGGUUUUCCAACUCCCACUUAUACAACGAAGUAUGACGACGUGAACUUGGAUGAAGUGUUGGCGAGUGAGCGCUUAUUAACUGGAUACGUAAACUGCCUUCUGGACAUGGGACCUUGUACUCCUGAUGGUAAAGAAUUAAAAAAAAAUUUGCCGGACGCCAUCGCAAAUGACUGCAUGAGUUGCACAGCACGUCAGCGAGAGGGCGCUGACAAGGUGAUGCACUACCUUAUCGACAACAGAUCCGCCGACUGGGACAGGCUUGAACGAAAAUAUGACUCUGACGGUAGUUACAAAAAUAAGUACUUGGAAAGCAAACUAAAGAGAAGCAGAGUUGAAGAAAAAGUUCAAUCUCAAGAAAGCAUCAUAGAGACCGAAAAUGACGAAUAACAAUACGAUUGACGAAAAACAUAAUAUACAUAGUUUUAUUAUUAUUAUAAUAAAUAUUUAUAAUGACAAUGGUGAUGAUCAUAUCUCAUAUUCCACUGGGAAAUCUAUUUAACCUGAAUUUACAAUUAUAAAAUAGCAAUUAUUACAUGUUAUAUUAAAAUACAAAUAACCAUCCA